AUGGAGAGGAGGAGGAAGAUGGCGGGAGGGCGGCUCUGAGGAGACCUCGGCGGCGGCGGAGGAGGAGAGAAGCGCAGCGCCGCGCCGCGCCGGGGCCCAUGUGGGGAGGAGUCGGAGUCGCUGUUGCCGCCGCCGCCAGUAACUGCUGGACCCGAGUGGGAGUGAGGGGGAGACGGCAGGAUGAAGUUCGCCGAGCACCUCUCCGCGCACAUCACUCCUGAGUGGAGGAAGCAAUACAUCCAGUAUGAGGCUUUUAAGGAUAUGCUAUACUCAGCUCAGGACCAGGCACCUUCUGUGGAAGUUACAGAUGAGGACACAGUAAAGAGGUAUUUUGCCAAGUUUGAAGAAAAAUUCUUCCAAACCUGUGAAAAAGAACUUGCCAAAAUCAACACAUUUUAUUCAGAAAAGCUUGCAGAGGCUCAGCGCAGGUUUGCUACACUUCAGAAUGAGCUUCAGUCAUCACUGGAUGCGCAGAAAGAAAGCACUGGUGUUACUACACUGCGACAACGCAGAAAGCCAGUCUUCCACCUGUCCCAUGAGGAACGUGUCCAACAUAGGAAUAUUAAAGACCUUAAAUUGGCCUUCAGUGAGUUCUACCUCAGUCUUAUCCUGCUGCAGAACUAUCAGAAUCUGAAUUUUACAGGGUUCCGAAAAAUCCUUAAAAAGCAUGACAAGAUCCUGGAAACAUCUCGUGGAGCAGAUUGGCGAGUGGCUCAUGUAGAAGUAGCCCCAUUUUAUACGUGCAAAAAAAUCAACCAGCUCAUCUCUGAAACUGAGGCUGUAGUGACCAAUGAACUUGAAGAUGGUGACAGACAAAAAGCUAUGAAGCGUUUACGUGUUCCCCCUUUGGGAGCUGCUCAGCCUGCACCAGCAUGGACUACUUUUAGAGUUGGCCUUUUUUGUGGAAUAUUCAUUGUACUGAAUAUUACCCUUGUGCUUGCCGCUGUAUUUAAACUUGAAACAGAUAGAAGUAUAUGGCCCUUGAUAAGAAUCUAUCGGGGUGGCUUUCUUCUGAUUGAAUUCCUUUUUCUACUGGGCAUCAACACAUAUGGUUGGAGACAGGCUGGAGUAAAUCAUGUGCUCAUCUUUGAACUUAAUCCGAGAAGCAAUUUGUCUCAUCAGCAUCUCUUUGAGAUUGCUGGAUUCCUUGGGAUAUUGUGGUGCCUGAGCCUUCUGGCAUGCUUCUUUGCUCCAAUUAGCAUCAUCCCCACAUAUGUAUACCCACUUGUCCUUUAUGGAUUUAUGGUUUUCUUUCUCAUCAACCCCACCAAAACUUUCUAUUACAAAUCCCGGUUUUGGCUGCUUAAACUGCUGUUUCGAGUAUUUACAGCCCCCUUCCAUAAGGUAGGCUUUGCUGAUUUCUGGCUGGCCGAUCAGCUGAACAGCCUGUCAGUGAUACUCAUGGACCUGGAAUAUAUGAUCUGCUUCUACAGUUUUGAGCUCAAAUGGGAUGAAAGUGGCGGCCUCUUGCCAAAUGAUUCAGAAGAACCAGAAAUUUGCCACAAAUAUUCAUAUGGUGUGCGGGCUAUUGUUCAGUGCAUUCCUGCUUGGCUUCGCUUUAUCCAGUGCCUGCGCAGAUACCGAGACACAAAGAGAGCCUUUCCUCAUUUAGUUAAUGCUGGGAAAUACUCCACGACUUUCUUCAUGGUGACGUUUGCAGCCCUUUACAGCACGCACAAAGAACGAGGUCACUCAGACACCGUGGUGUUCUUUUACCUGUGGAUUGUCUUUUGUAUCAUCAGUUCCUGUUAUACUCUCAUCUGGGAUCUGAAGAUGGACUGGGGUCUUUUUGAUAAGAAUGCAGGAGAAAACACCUUCCUCCGAGAAGAAAUUGUAUACCCCCAGAAAGCCUAUUAUUACUGUGCCAUCAUAGAGGAUGUGAUACUGCGCUUUGCUUGGACUAUCCAAAUCUCAAUUACCACCACAACUUCGUUGCCUCAUUCUGGGGACAUCAUUGCUACUGUCUUUGCUCCCCUUGAAGUUUUCCGGCGAUUUGUGUGGAACUUCUUCCGCCUGGAGAAUGAACAUCUGAAUAACUGUGGUGAAUUCCGUGCUGUGCGGGACAUCUCUGUGGCCCCUCUGAAUGCCGAUGAUCAGACACUCCUAGAGCAGAUGAUGGACCAGGAAGACGGGGUACGAAACCGCCAGAAGAAUCGGCCAUGGAAGUACAGCCAGAGUAUAUCCCUGCGCCGUCCUCGCCUUGCUUCUCAAUCCAAGGCUCGUGACACUAAGGUAUUGAUAGAAGACACAGAUGAUGAAGCUAACACUUGAAUCUCUGAAGUCUAGGUUAACAUCCUUGGUUUUCCUACUCUACAAUUCUUUCUCGACCAAUGCAACCUCUAGUACCUUUCCAGCCGAAAACAGGAGAAGACAUAUAACACAUUUUCCGAGCUCUUCCAGAUCGGAUCCUAUGGACUCCAAACAAGCUCACUGUGUUUCUUUUCAUUUCUUCUGGUUUAAUUUUCAUUUUCUACUUUUAAAACAAAUAUUUACUUCAUUUUGCCAAUCAGAGGACAUUUUAAGGAACAAAAACAUUGUAUCUUAUGGAUUGUUUACAAUCACAAGGACACAGAUACCUAUCAGGAUGAAGAACAGGCAUUGCAAGGACCCUCUGAUGGGACGGUACCGAGAUACCUCGGCUUCCGCUUGGCCCGGUUUUGACUGGUUGAAACCGGACAUUGGUUUUUAAAUUUUUUGUCAGUUUAUGUGGAGAAUUUUUUCCUUUCUUUCAUACCCAGCGCAAAAGCACUGGCCGCACUUGCAGGGAAAGUGCAACUUAGAGCAGUACCUUCAUUCACGAAGCUACUUUUUAAUUUGAUGUAACUUUUCUUAUUUUGGGGAGGGUUGCUGGGUGGGUGGGAAAUAUGAUGUAAUUGUUACAUACUGUUUUCUCAUUAUUUAUGAAACUUAACCAUAAGAGAACGAUAUAACUCCUGUACAAUGAAGGUGAUAACAGUGAAAAAAAGACAGGGGAAACUAAUGUUGGACAGCAUUUAUGAGGGUUUAGUCCACAAUACCUCUUUCAUGAGACAACUUGCACCAGUUUGACUUUUUCCUUUCUUUUUAAUUUUAAGCCAAAGUUUAAUUACUAUUUUUUUUAAGUUGCUGCUGCUUUAGAAUCCCGAGCAUGUCUCUCAUAACAGAGUAAUCACACACUUCCAUGCAACUGGUUGAAGUUUAUUUAAGAGAUCUGAUACCGUUGUGUUUUUUUUUUCUUUUUUUUUUUAAGAACAGAUGUGGAAUACAUUUGCCCAUAUUCAAACCAUGACAACUGAAGUUAUACAUUAUUAAGCUUCAGCAUGUAGGAUGAUUGAAGUACAGCCUUUAUCAACUCUGAAUUGGAAGGCAGUUAUUUCAGACAGUUAUUUAUUAUAUCCUCGUUGGAUAGUUUUUCUUCCAGGCUUACUUACUUUAGCCAGAAUUUGAUCAAAUUAAAAGUCUGUCUUGGGAAGACUUGCUCUUGAGAGCAUAGAACAAAUCUUUCACAUUACAGUGAUAGAACAGACCUUGGCAGCCAUUUCUCCCAGCAGUUUUAAAGAAUAAGCAUUGGAUUUCAUACCCUCCUAUGAUAGUAAAACAGCUUUUAAAAACUUGUGGGCCUAAACUUGAUUAUACACGAAAAAAGUGUAUUUCUUCGAAAAUUCAGACUAUCAUGGUCUGUACACAGUGCUCAUUUUCACUUGUCUUAACUUUUUUCCUAUACCCUACAUCAUCCAGAUAAGCCCCCAAACCAUAAGGGAUUUUACUUUCUUGAAGGUGAUUGGCAUUAAAUUAAGCAUCAUCACUUACUUAGUAUUAAAAACAUACGGUUACUGCCUCUGAAUAUACCCUUUUGUCAUCAGCUCUUCUCCCAUGCAUCACAAAUGUUUACUCAUCCCUGUCAUAAUUCCAGUAGAUUAAUUAAAGUUGUUACUACCGAAAUUCUACCAAUUAACUGACAAAUUGUUUCUUUUUAAAAGAGAUUUUUUCAUCUUUAUUCUGACAAGCCUCCAAAAUUUGUUCCCUUCCUGAGUGGAUAUAUUUUUUUCUAAAAAAUCAUACAACUUUGUGACCUUUAUUCCUUUUUUUUUGUUUGUUUUGCCAAGUAUGUUCCUUGGCCCAGAACUGAAGAAGUUUAGUUAUUUGGGGGGUUUUUUUGUUUGUUUUGUUUUGUUUUAGUUUAAAUAAAUCAUUUAUAAUAAUCAGUGGUAACAAUUUAGGGGCCCUUAAUAGAUUAAAGGUUGCAUUAUUUAUACUUGGGAUUUUUUUUCUAACUCUUCUCAUUUUUGUACCUUAAAACUAUGGGGGAAAUAUCACUGGUCUGUCAAGAAAUAGCAGUAAUUAUUACUAAGUUAUGUAGAUAAGUCCAGUGGACCAGUCAUUUCUUGUACAAAUAAAAAUUGGUGGUACUAAUGUGUAUCCAGAGCCA